AUGAUCUCAUUGGCUUUGAUUAUUGUUCCAUGCGUUGCACAUGCACUAAUGACAAUCAAAGCAGCGAACUGUGUGCGUACUACUACUCAUUUCGAAUACCAAAAGUUUGGAGACUAUAAUCCAGAAAUGAGAAGUCAACUUGCCAAAUUCUUCACAAGGAAAUUUAAUAAUGAGGAUCUGGUUCUCUAUUAUUUAAUGAUUAGUAGUACAUCAAGGAAAACAGUAGGACAUCAUACCGAUUCACAGGCAUAUUUUCGGCUGAGAAUGACAAGCUGCCUGUCUAUUUCAAGCAGUUCGCGACGAAUGGAACUAUCGACAAAUUCUUCGAAAUACCUGCACGUACAUUCAUCGUCAAUUUCUACACAUGUCCUGCAUUGGGAACGGAUCGAGAAAACUAAGGUGCCAAAAUGUGCAAAGAUUAAAACAGCUAAAACAGCCUUGUCCUUCGCUUAG